AUGUCAGGACAGCCGGAAUCCUCAUCAGCGGCAGCGCGCAAAGCUCUCAAUGCCAAUGCGAAUGGCGUGACGCCCGAUUACGAGUUGCCUUGGGUGGAAAAGUACCGACCCGUCUAUCUCGACGACGUUGUGGGAAAUUCAGAAACGAUUGAACGACUUAAGAUCAUUGCAAAAGAUGGAAACAUGCCUCAUGUCAUUAUUUCUGGCAUGCCGGGAAUCGGCAAAACCACCUCCGUUCUCUGCCUGGCACGAACUCUACUAGGCGACGCGUACAAAGAAGCGGUUCUAGAGCUGAAUGCGAGUGACGAAAGAGGCAUCGACGUGGUGCGGAAUCGGAUCAAAGGGUUUGCGCAGAAGAAGGUGACGCUACCUCCGGGACGGCACAAAUUGGUAAUACUAGAUGAAGCAGACAGCAUGACCUCUGGCGCCCAACAGGCCUUGAGGAGAACGAUGGAGAUAUAUUCCACUACGACUCGGUUUGCCUUUGCUUGCAACCAAUCCAACAAGAUCAUUGAGCCGCUUCAGUCGAGAUGCGCCAUCCUUCGAUAUUCGCGGCUGACGGACGCGCAAGUGGUGCAGCGGCUGAUGCAGAUUAUCGAGGCGGAGAAGGUCGAAUACUCCGAGGAUGGAUUGGCUGCGCUGGUGUUCAGCGCAGAGGGAGAUAUGCGACAGGCCAUUAACAACUUGCAGAGUACGUGGGCAGGCUUCGGAUUCGUCAGUGGCGACAACGUGUUCCGUGUGGUGGACAGUCCGCACCCAGUCAAAGUCCAAGCAAUGAUCAAGGCAUGCUGGGAGGGCAAGAUCGACAGCGCAGUCGACACGCUGAAGGAAUUGUGGGAUCUGGGCUACUCGUCACACGACAUCAUAAGCACUAUGUUCCGGGUGACCAAGACGAUCCCGACGCUUUCGGAACACUCGAAACUCGAAUUCGUCAAGGAGAUUGGCUUUACCCACAUGCGCAUCCUCGAGGGAGUGCAAUCGUUCCUGCAACUCAGCGGCUGUUUGGCGAAAUUAUGCAAGAUCAACAUGAGGCCCGAGGUGUUUGAACCACCAGCGUGA